AUGCCCGAGUUUGACGAUGUUACUCAACCGCCACAUUAUCGGCCACAACUUGAUUACAAUCCAGUUUCGGUCAUUGACCGAUACACUGUCUUGUUGAAGGAUGGAGAAACAACUGCAACUAUUUAUCCUAUUCAUGAUGUGAACGAACUUCCUCCGGGACUUUUGGCGUUCUUGUGUGAUGAGUUCAAUAUGGAAAUUGAACGUGGUGAUACUUUCCCCUUUUUCGAUACUUUACAUAUCGAGACAUUUCAAAAUUAUUGGUUUGGAUCUUUCACAGCAGUGAUGGUGUUGGGUGAUUUACCAACUUUACAAGGUGCUAGACAAUGGGAAAAGGAAUGUUUAGGUACAUUCUUCAUCAAGCCAAACUAUCCAGGAAGAUGUCUGCAUAUAUGUACUGCUGGGUUUCUUGUUAAUGCCGGUAUUCGUGGGAAAGGGAUCGGUCGUACAUUAGCUGAUUGUUAUUUACAAUGGGCUCCAAGAUUGGGAUAUACUUACUCAAUUUUUAAUUUGGUAUUUGAAACAAAUGUUGCUGCAAGAAGAAUUUGGGAAUCUUUAAAUUUCAAAAGAGUUGGAAGAGUUAAAUCUGCAGGGAUUUUGAAAGGUCAAGAUACAGCUGUAGAUGCUAUCAUGUAUGGAAGAGAAUUGAUAAAUAAUUCUGAUCCUGCAAUUGGAGCCUAUAGAUUUGAUAAAAUCAAAUUUUAUUUGGAAACAGGGAAAUAUCCUGCCAUGGCUGAUCGUCAAGAAAAAUCAAGAUUAAGAUCUUCAGCUUCACACUAUAGAUUAGAAAAUGGGAAAUUAAUGUUAAAUGGUAGAGAAGUUGUUUCUGAUCCAGUCAAACAAAUCCAAAUAUGUAAUGACGUGCAUAUGACCAACCAUGGAGGAAUUAAUAAAACCACCGCUACCAUUACUGAGAAGUACCAUUGGACAAGAAUCAAGGAUACAGUUGCCACGGCAAUCAAAAACUGUCCUGAAUGUAGGGAUCCUAAUAAAAGUCAACCAGUUCUUAAAAGAGGAAUUGUUCAUCCACUGCAUAACAUUUCUAAGAAAGGUGGGCAUCUCAAUGGACAUCACCCCCUGCUUCGCAAAAACGGAUCUUCUUCAGUUGUCAAUGGUGUGAAUAAGUUGGGAAGCUCUGCAGGUAUGCGUAGAAAUGAUAGCGAAGAAGUGGAGGCCAUGGUUGCUGCUGCACAGCAACUCCAUAAUUUACCAGCUAGACACGAUACAGCUGAAAGUUUAUUAACUCAUGAUUUAUCUGGUUUGGAUGAUGGAAUUAUAGCAGCUGUCGAGGCAGCACAACGAUCACAUCAACAAGAACAACAUCAACAUCAACACCAUCAUCAAGAUGAUCAACAACAACAGCAACAGCAACAACUGCAGGAUCCUUCAUCUGCUCAAUCCUUACAACAGCAUCAUAGUCACCAUGCACAUACUCAACCACAUCAAACUUAUGCUUCUGUUGCUGCCGCUGCUGUACAAGAUACACCAUAUGACCAAUAUGAUGAAGAUUUCUCAACACAUGAAGAUUAUGGUACUGGAGCUACACAUUCUCCAAAUCGUGUCAUUAAACGGAAACCCAAUAAUAAUAACAAUAAUAACAACAUCCCGGUUGAUCCUGCGGUGACUGGAUUUGAUGAUCAUAACCACGAUGAAGGUGGAGAAGAAAUGGAAAUUGCAAGAGCAUUGAUUCAUGCAAAUGAGGCUACCGAUGAUAAUUCAGGUACAAACGUCGAUGGGAAACCAGAACUUUCCAACAAUAGAGACGAUGAUGAAACAAAUAUAUUCUUCAAAGAAAAUCAAGAAUAG